AUGGCAAGUAAUGUCAUGGAUUUGAAAGGGAAGCAAGAAAUGUUCAAGAAUUCGUGUUUUAUAACUCAGUUAGUUGCAUUGUCAGUAAGUGUUGCUCAGCGAGCCGGCAAUAUUAUCAAGGAAUGGGCUUUCAGUGGCACUGGUAAAUCAUAUUAUAAAGGACCUGUUAAUUUACGAGAUUUAUACACAGAUGCGGAUAUUGCUGCGGAAGAUUGUAUUAUUUCAUCAUUACACAAGCAUUUUGGGAAUAAUCUAAAAGUUAUUGGUGAAGAGAACACUGAACCGAUGGGAACGAGUGUGGUAAAUAAUUUUGAUUCCAGCGUUUUGGUGCAUGACAGUAAGUGCAGUGAUGAAGUGCGCCAGAUAACGUCGGAUGAUGUAGUUGUUUGGGUGGAUCCUUUGGAUGGAACCUAUGAAUUAGUUGCAGCUGAGGGCAAUAUAUCUCAACAGCAAGAAGUGACCGUACUUAUUGGCAUAUCAUAUCAAGGACGGCCAGUGGCUGGUGUUAUACAUCAGCCUUUUUGGGGAACCAGUGCGGUAGGCCGUACAGUUUGGGCAAUUAAAGAAACAGGCGUUCAUGGCGUGGAAAUUGUAAAAAGCAAUUCACAACGAUAUGCUGUUACAACACGAAGUCAUUCCACUGUUCAUAUUCAUGACACACUAAAUAUCUUGAAGGAAAAAAAUUUAAUUAACGAUGUUGAAUUUGUUGGUGGAGCCGGGUUUAAGGUCUUAAAAUGUUUAGAAGGUGCUGCUGCUUAUGUUUUUCCUAGUCCUGGUUGUAAAAAAUGGGAUACGUGUGCUCCAGAAGCAAUAAUUACUGCAUCAGGUGGCAAACUUACUGAUAUCUCAGGAAAUGAUUUAUAUUAUGGUGCAGAUGCGCAAAUACCGAACAAUAGUGGCGUGCUAGCAACAGCACAUUGGAUAAAUCAUCAGGAAUUCGUGGACUGCAUUCCAGAAAGAAUAAAAGUACUUGUGCCGGAACUAGCUCGUAACUGA